UACUGAAAACUGUAAUGGAAAAUUAUUCAGAUGAGAAGGAGAACAUGCCUGAGGAGCAAAAGCCUCUCUUGUCAACUUCUGUCUCUUCAAAGGGUGGCAUCAAAACCUUGCCUUUCAUCAUUGGAAGUUUUGGAUUAAUGAAUAUGGUGCCAGUCGCAUUAGCAGCAAACAUGAUAGUGUAUUUGAUGAAAGAGUAUCAUAUGGACAUGGCUUCUGGCACUAAUUUUAUCUAUAUUUGGUCUGCACUAUCAAAUUUUGCACCUGUAAUCGGAGCUUUCAUGGCGGAUUCUUUUGUGGGUCGGUUUCAGAUGAUAGGAAUUGGAUGUUUCCUUAGCCUUGUGGGAACAGUGCUUGUUUGGUUAUCAACCAUGAUCCUGCAAGUAAGGCCUCCGUGGUGUAGUGAAUCUAGUGAGAGUUGUAGCCCUGCUACGGCUUCACAGUUUGCAUUUUUAUGCAUCGGUCUUUCUGUGUUCGCGAUUGGAUCUGGCGGGGUAGCAUCUUCUACGUUGGCUUUCGGUGCUGAUCAGUUGAAUGAAUUAGAGAACAAAGGCAGCACAUUAAUGGAGAGCUAUGUCAGCAUGUACUUAGCUAUGACUUCAUUUUCUAUGUUUGUUGGUAUAACUUGCCUCAUUUAUAUCCAAGACAACUUUGGGUGGAAAGUGGGCUAUGGUGUUCUUGUUGCACUUGUGCUCUUUGCAGUUCUAGUGUUCUUCUUAGGUUCAGCUUGGUAUGUGAGACCAAAUGUCAAAAAGAACUUAAUCACAGGCUUAUUUCAAGUCAUGGUAGCCUCUUGCAGAAACAGACAUCUCCAAUCUUCUUUGGAGAAUGCUUACUAUUCAAAAGGUUCAAUUCUAAGUCAUCCCAGUGAAAAACUAAGGUUUCUGAACAAGGCCUGCAUUAUACAAGAUCCUCAACGAGACUUAGCUACAGAUGGAACAGCAAUAAAUCCAUGGAGGCUUUGCACAGUGGAUCAAGUAGAGGAGCUGAAAGCAUUACUGAAGGUAAUGCCGAUAUGGUUAACAAGGAUGAUAAUGUCCAUAAACCUUACUCAAGCUUCUUUUGUGGUGAUUCAAGCCACCACCCUAGAUCGCCAUAUUGGUCCAAACUUCGAAAGCCCGGCAGCAUCAAUAGGCUCUUUAGGCCUUGUGUUCGUGGUGGUUUGGGUUGUAUUAUAUGACCGCAUAGUUCUUCCACUAGCAUCAAGAAUUAGUGGAAAGCCUUUCUAUUUCAGCAUGAAAUCAAGAAUGGGGUGUGGGAUCUUCGUUUCUUUCUUGUCGAUGGUGGCCAUGGCGGUGGCGGAGGGUAUAAGGCGGAGAGAGGCGAUCGAGGAGGGAUUCUCAGAUGAACCAGACGCGGAUGUCCCAAUGUCCAUACUAUGGGUAUUGCCAACUUAUGCCCUUACGGGAAUUGCAGAGGGAAUGAACGGUGUGGCGUUGAAUGAGUUCUACAUCUCAGAGUUUCCCAAGAGCAUGUCCAGUAUAGCAUCUAGUCUGUAUGUUUUGAGCAUGGCCUUUGCCAAUCUUUUAUCAAGUUUAAUAAUGAGCGUUAUCAAUAGAUUGACUGCAAGAGAUGGUGAAGAGAGCUGGAUAUCAAGCAACAUCAACAAGGGACACUAUGACUACUUCUAUUGGGUUCUUUCUGGGUUAAGCAUGGCCAACUUCUUAUUGUUUCUGGUUUUUAGCAAGGCUUAUGGCCCUUGCAAAGACCAGAUCCAGGCCACGGAGGAAGAAGAUAUCAAGUUGUAGACAUGUCAAUUAGCUAGGUUUGUAUUGCAUGUGUACGUAUCACACAAACUGUAUUAUUAUUGCUAUCUGCCAUUAGGUUUUGUAGGGUGUGAUAAGUGGAUUUACCAAUAUAUAUAAAUGAAAAAAUGGAAUUUAAUUUUAGAAAAUUAA